AGCAAUAAAUAUAAACAGUUAAUCUCCCUGGUUAAAGAAAGUAAGGAAAUGCAGCAAAGAUAUCACUGAACAAAAUAGUAUUUACGUGAACAAGGAAAAACUCACACAGGACACACUGUUUUCAGCGCGUUCAUGCUAUUUUGUGCAUAGCAAGCAAGGCUAGAAAAGUAAGAGGAAGUAGAUGUGAACUGCCACUAAUCCUUUGGUUUGAGGACUUUUUCUCGGCUUUUAAUGUUGUUCAUUUUUAGGGGAAAUGUUUUGUGCCAUGCGAUGGUAAGUAUGUUGUCAGCAUUUCUCCUCAUGGUUUGCUGGCAUCUGUGUUAUGGAUGUGCUACCUCGAUGCUCAUUUGAAUAAUGUAAUAAGAUUCUAUUGCUUUAUAUUUAAGAACUAGCAGAGGCUCAUAUCAGAGUGACUGAAACAUGAAUAUAUAAAGUAGAAGAGCCAAUGUCAAGUUGUCAGUCUCACAAUGGAUCAUUAUACUUGAUAUAUAACCUUUGAAAUUUUGUGUUUAGUUGUUUGAAAUUUUGGAAUUUUGCUGUCUCAUAUCCCAGACCUGAGUCACACUGUUGCUAAUAAAAUAAGUCAUGAGAUUUGGCUUCUACUGCAUGUGAUUCAUCUUUGAUUCAUGGAAGCUGUAUUUUAUAUUGUACUGGCAGAAAUAGUCCACCACUCCUCCCACCAUGGCUAUGUGUAUAUAUGGGAGUGUGUGUUUGCUGAAAAUGAUCUGAUUUCUCAUAGCCUGUUCAACAGUGUUACCUGGCUGUACCACAAGGUGGAGCUGCUGUACCACAGUUUGGAUCCCUGUGAGCAUAAAAGCUGCAUGCCAGUUGUCAGGAUAUUAAUGCGAUCUGGGAGCCAGGAGUUCGAACAAGUUACAGAUUACGCGAAAGGACUGAAUAAGACAGACCAGCUAGAUUUUUCAUUAUGGCAGUGGAUGGAACCCUGUGGUAUGCACCUGUGUGGAUGCUGACAGCUGUGUUGUUGCUGCUGAUGAACAUAUGUCUAGCUGACCAUGAAAUCACAGUUGAUCCUCCUGGGAACAUACAGAUAGUUGACCCUGGACACCUGGGACAGCUGUAUAUAAACUGGACACUCCCUGCAAGUCUGCAGAAUCGGACUGACUGUGAAAUUCGUUUUGAACUCCAGUACUUCAACACUUAUGAGGGCGAGUGGACGACGAUCAGAACGAGGCUGCAGAGCUACAGUGCACAGUUUGACCUGGAGAAGAACGUGCACGUGCGCAUACAAACAAUUCUGAGAGGCCCUUGCAGCGGAUCCAAGGAAACCAAGAGCCCACCUGCCGAGGUUCUCCAGAAGCCGCCGGGCGUAGAUUUUCCUGGCACUAAAAUUAAAGGUCUAAGCUGUAUAUUCCAUCAGAAGGAAUAUAUGAAUUGCACCUGGCACAAGGGACAUAGGACGCCUCCGCAAGCCACAUAUUGCCUAUACUUCUGGCACAGGAAAAUGGGUCACGCUAUGGAAUGCCCCAAAUAUAUCCGAUCCCACGGGCACCGGAGUGGCUGCAGUUUUCCCGGGUCAUCCCUCCUAGAAUUCACAGAGUUCAACGUCUGUGUGAAUGGCUCUUCAGAAGGAGAUCUGCUACAACCAGCAUACUUCACCCUGCAGCUGCAGAACCACGUGAAGCCUGGUGUCAUUGAUACACUGCACCUGAAGACCCUCCCCGAAGGGGCUGUCCGUUUGGAAUGGGCACCACCCAAAGGAAGAAUACCUGAGGCCUGCUUGGAGUUUGAAGUGGAGUCCAGUCCAGAGGGCACAGGGGGACUGAAGGUGAAGAAUGUCACGAGAAAGACUCACUUCACCGCUUCACCCCCGGGCCCGUGUAAGAGCCUCUGCUUCCGGGUCAAGUCCAGGGUGCACGAGUUCUGCAGCGACGCAAGUUUCUGGAGCGACUGGAGCCACCCGCGCUGCUUAUCAGGAAACUGCUGAUUUACCUCAUGUUCUGCUUCCCAAAAAGGCUGAAGACUAAAGGGACAUGUUACAUGGAUGAAAACAUACAUUGAAUCAUCACGACUCAAGUCUACGCAGUUACCUUUAAAUACGCAGUAUCUUAUGCACACAUCCAUGCUAGCAUUUAUGAUGAGACAAUCGUGUAAUUCCUGUGGUUAGUUUAUUCUGCCCUGUUCUCAGUCUAGAACAGUGGUUCCUAAACUCGGUCCUGGGGCCCUCCUAUAUAUGCUGGUUUUCGUUCCAACUCCAAUCACAAUCAUUUUAACAAACUGCAAUUUUUUCUUAAUUAGGUGCUCUUCUUGUUUAGAGGGAUUAUGUAACCUCUUAAACCAUAUUGUGCUACAUUGUAAACAAUUAAAAAGAUGCUUUUUGAUCAAAUCAAACAGUAGGCUCCUAAUUAGGUUGUUGGACAUGUGUUUAAUUUCUCAUAUUUUUUUCCUUAAACUUAAUAACAUAAUGCAGGUUUGACUCAUUAUCAUUUUCUGUCUUUGGAUUCUUCAUUAUCUUCCAGAUGGUUAGUUUUAGUGUGUCCACACUUUAAUGAAUUGGGAGCCUAUUGAUUCAUCUCAAUCAUUAAUUUGAAGUUUUACCUCUUAAUGCCGUUAUUUGCAAUAUAACACAAUAAGCACACUAUGAACAUGGGAAUUUUUUUCUUGUUGGCAUGCAGAGCUAUUUCUGACAUGUUGCUUAAGAUGGUAAAUAAUCCCUCUAAAUAUAAAAAGCACCCGAGAAAAAAAAACAGCGUGUUAAAAUUCUGUGAUUGCACCAGGGUGGACUGAAAGCCAGCAUACUCUGGGGGCUAUUACAUUUUUGUAUGUAUUUCCCCUUUGCUCAAGAUGUACUUUUCCCUAGUAUAAACCCAAAUUAGCACGCCCAAUAUCUUUUCCAUAUCCCACCGUUAGCACAACUUAAUGUCCUGCAGGUAUUGUUUUUCACAUUGUUUUUAAUUGUAUUGUUUUCGGCCAUAUGGCCAAAGUCAGAGAAAGUACUGAGUCUAAACAAAGCCAAUAUGCUUGCCACAGUCAGUACACACUGAACUAUACAUAUAAUUUAAAAAUGUUAUAGGUAGAACACAGUUUACAGUACUAAAGUAAAAAAAAUGUAAGUUAUGUUAAAUGUAUAUGAAAACGGUAUACUAUGCACGAGUGUUACUUGCAUUGUUUAUGCAUUUAAAUUAGUCCAUCCAUUGCAAUCCAUGUGCUGUUGAGUCUAGAUUUUGUAUUUUGUGCACUACCACACAAUGUACUUCCAAAUACUAUGCACUAUUUUCUUUAGCCAGAUGAUGAAAUCUAGCUGUUCAUAAAUGUUUCAUUACUAUACAUUUCUAUACACAUUGACAUGGCUACACAAGGCAACACCCAAAUGUCAAUUUCAAAAAAGAGCAAAACCAAUUCUGUGUUGGGGUUAAUAUUCGGGUUAAAUCUGUAACAGUAAACACAAACCUGAUGAACAGCCUGGUUAGUGAGCAUUUUUAAGAGUCAUAAAAACAAGGUGAAGAAAAA